CCGCUGCUUCUGAAUCUUCUUGUGCGGAUUGAAAGAACGGUGGUGAUCUCUUUUCCCAGCGCCUGCCAAUCUCAAUCUACCUGGUCAGUGGGAGGUCCCUACGUGGGAGGAUUCUCUCGGUCCACGCGUCCGGAGCUUCUGCUAGAAAUCAUGUUGUGGGAAAUGACAACGGAAGGGAUCAAGCCAUCGGCGCGUUCGAGGAGGAACUCGGAGGUGGCUAUGGCGGACGACUUUGCACGCCGGUUAUCGUCACCACCCUUAUCAUCAUCAUCAUCAUCAUCGUCAUCGUGGUCAUUAUCACGAUCAUCAUUGUUAUCAUCAUCGUCGUCAUCAUCACCAUUACCAUCAGCAUCCAACAGGAGGGGAUUUCAUGUUCAUGAGUUUGUGUCGAUGUGUAGUCGGGACGGUACAGAUAGAUAUUGAUAAGAAAUAGGGGAAAAAGGGGGCAGGUAUAGAGAGUUCCGCGCACGAUUGGAGAAAGGGAAAGAGCGGGCGAGGGGGCGGGGCGGGGCGGGGCAAGAAGGUGCUCGCGGAAUGGAAGAGCGGGGGAAACGCCGGACAAACGCGGGAACGAUGCUGGAUGGUGAAGUUUAAUUACGUAUUUGAUCUUGGAGUGUUUUUAUAUAGCCGGUCAUUUCGUUCAAAACCGGCCACUUUUUUUUCUUGUGUGCUAGAUUCGGCUGACUCACAGAAGAUAGCGAAGUACUUGUGGUGGGUUUGCCAUAGCUCUUUCUUCUUUAUAUGGUCUACGGAGAGGUUUGAUCCGCGCUUGAUCCGCGCUUGAUCUUGCAAGGAGCGAGUGCCGCUGAGGAAGCAGGUUUCGGCAUAUUCUCAAACACACACGGAGAGAGAGAGAGAGAGAUAGAGAGAAUGCGGUCGGUAUCUUGGUCUCAGUCGGGCCAUAUGGGGACGCGAUUGUGGGCGCGUCCCGGUCGGUCAGGUCCCGAUCGCGUUGUGGUCGUCGGAGAUGUUCAAUCUGUCUGUUGCCCCGCGCCGCGAGGCGUAGCCGCCGCCCUUGCGCUCUCUGUGGGGUUGUUAGAGCGGCCGUUCUAGCGGUGUAGCUUUGCCUGGGCCCUCUGUCCGGGCGUCCGACGACGGCUGGUGGCUGUCGCGCACGACCAGUCGAGCGUCAUCGUCGACUGGUCGUGCGCAGCGCAUCUGACGGAAAAAGAGGGCGAUCACGCUGUCUAUCGGAGACGCCCCCGUCCGUCCUUUAUCAGUCGUCGCUUGUCCUCCCUCCUACUGACGCGGAGGAAUCGAAUCACUCUUCUCUGUCGGGACUCUUUGCGGUCCCGUCGAGAGGCGCAUGGCGCUGCUUCCGCCAUUAUCUCGAGCCGCGGUGGUCACGGGCUCCGUCCCGGCCCCGACCCCGACCCCGUCUUCUUCCGCUGGCCGGCCGAGCGCCCCGACCCGGGUGCUGCCGAAGCAUCAGGCCUUGACCCCGGCAGGCGGACGACCGCCGCGUGGCAGACUCUCACCCCUUGCCUCCUGUCCGACGUGGAACAUCGUGGGCGGUCUUCGAAACCCAUCACAAUCAACAUCAUCAUCAUCAUGUACUGAUGGGGGUUUAUCGUCAAGGCUACCAUCAUCUGUGGCAUCGGAAGUUUCAGGAGAGGGAGGGGAGAGGAGGAGUAGGAGAAAUGGGCGGCGGCGGCGGCAGCGCCACGUGUCCGCAUCGCCGCGCGCGAUGGAGGAGGAGGAGGCGGGAGGCCGGCAGAUCGUGAUGGUCAGGGGGGUGUCGGGACUAAUGACGGUGAUCGAGGAGGGGAUGUGCGGGGAAAUGAGCCCCGGCCUACAAGCGGACCGCUACACGACUACGGUGAAAUACGCCUCCUCUCCUACGCCCAGUCCUACGUGGCACCUGCCUGUCGAGGGCCGGGCGCGUGAUGUGGCGUUUGCAAGUCUGGGCGCUAGCGCCACGCUGGCAAUGACGCUGCUCUUCUCUUGGAUCGGGACGAUGGUGGGCUACGAGCACCCGGCCUUGAGUUCGGCAGCGAUCAGAGGGGACGGCCGCGGAAGUGGCGCGCCCGGGGGCGCGGGGGCGGGUGGCGCAGCCGGCGGCGUCGGGAUCGGCGGCGCGGCGGCGCCGCCAAGCGCCGCCAUGCCCGAGACGGACGCCGGGCGGAAGGAGUCCGUGGAAUGGGUGAACAUGGUGCUUCAUAAGGUAUGGAAGGUUUAUCGGCGGAGCUUGGAAACGUGGUUGGUCGGGCUGCUCCAGCCUGCCAUUGAUAAGCUUCCUAAACCGGAUUACGUGAAAAGAGUGAAAAUCAUGGAGUUCUCGCUCGACUACGAGCCCUUGUCCGUAAGGAACGUCCAGCGGCGCGCAUCGCGGCGAGCCAAUGACUUGCAGUACCAUGUGGGGCUGCGGUAUACUGGAGGAGCAAGGUGUCUACUUUCUCUCACUCUGAAGAAGGGUGCGUUUGAAACGGAGGUUCCUGUGGGAGUAUAUGACCUUGAUGUGGAUGCAGAGUUAUGGGUCAAACUGAGGCUGGCCCCUGUAAAACCUUACAUCGGAACUGUUUCACUGGCCUUUGUCAGGCUCCCAACCAUUAAGCUGGUUUUGGCACCUUUCCGUAUUGUUAACCUUUUUGCAAUUCCUUUCCUCUCGAGGUUCCUGUCCAAACUUCUGACCAUUGACUUGCCAAAACUUUUUGUACUUCCUCGCCACAUAACGUUCGACUUCCUUCCGCAUGAUGUCAGCAACAUCUCCCCGAAUAUCAUGGACUUAGUGAGAAAUGAGAUGCCCAGUCCGACGGUUGGCUCGGUGGAACAGACAGAGGCAAAUGAAGCAUUUGUGGGCGAGCUUUCGGUUACUCUAUGCGAAGGAAGAAAUCUUCCUAUUCGGGGUUUGACAGGGUGGAGUAAUCCAUAUUGCACCCUAGGGCUUGGAACGCAAAUUAUGGAGAGUAAGCGCAACAAUGAGACGUCGGCACCUGCUGGCCGCAGAGAUCCAGUGUGGAAUCAGGAUUUCCAAUUCCUGGUAGAAGACCCGAAAAGGCAAUUUCUUAUGGUGAGGAUUCGCGACAGCUCCUUGACGCUCAACCCCAACAUUGGUUUCUGCAAGAUACCGAUCUGGAAAUUUCAGGACUGCGUGCCGGUAAAUCUUUGGGUCCCCUUGAAAAGAGAGGGGCCAAUCGGCGUUCACCGGGUUCCAGGUGAGUUGAGGCUGCAGUUGACGUACAAGUCGUUUGUGGAUGAAGAAGAGAAAAACAACGCAGCAGCCUUGGACCACCCGGCCCCGUACAUCAAGGUUUACGGAAAAGAAGAAGACAAGAUCGAAAGCGGCGAAGAAUCAGUAUGCAAUGAAAGCGACUGCGACUUGCUGGAACAAGAGGAGAAUGCUCAGAAUGAGAGAGGGGAAAGACCAUCUGUUCCUUUGAAGACAGCAGCCGUGCGCUCAGCAGACGGAGAGUACAUGGGAAAAAAGGACAACGUUCAGGGUGAGGCACAGUACCUUGAGGAUUCAGAUGAUGACGAUGUUGUGCAGACGAGAGGGAAGGAGGGUGGUGAUGAGCUAAGAGAUGUAUCUGCAUCGGUGAAACCCCGUGUAAACAACCGUGUUGUGAACGGGAAGCGAUCUCCUGGUAUGCCUGUUGAACAGACGACAACGAAUUGGGGAGUCGCAGAAGGCGCCGUGAACGGUAAACGAACUCCUGGUGUGCCCUUUGAACAGAUGGCGACGAGCCGGGGGGAAGUUAAAGAACGCAUUGUCAAUGGGAAGCGACCGCCGGGCGUGCUCGUUGAUCACAUGACGAUGGAUCGGGGAGUUGUUCGAGAAGGCGUCGUGAAUGGGAAGAGGGCAGUAGGUGUCGUUGGAUUAAGAGAAAGAGGGAGCAGCUCGGUAAAUGGGGGCGGCGAUGGAGGGGUAUCAUCUGUGGGCACGAGUUACGAUGGGGAAGAUGCAAGGCCUUGGCAAGGGAGGCUGGACCAACUAGUAGGGCAUGGUGGUAGUCAUGUUAGGGAUUCCGUUGGCGAGGAAGCAAUGCCAAGCGGGUUGUCUGAUACGGAGUACACUUUCAGGGAAAGAAUCAGGGCAGUUAGCAUGAUGGAUGCGGAGGAAGGAAGAGGAGACGGACAUCAACAGGUUGGGUUUACGAAGAGAGGUGCUAGAAGCUCGACCACACAGAAGAAGGUCGCAACACUGCACGAGGAACUGAAGAGCGCAAACAUGGUGCUCCGGAGCUGGCAAAGAGGCUGGCAGAGGGAUCCAGAACCUGGAGGAGGGGCAGGGAAAAUGAUUGGGGAAGGCCCUACACCACCAGGGGACGACUCCAAGCUAUCGACGGGGAACCAACAUCAGCACAGCAGCCGGCCAUCGCAGGCGGAGCAAAAGGGAAGCAAUGCCGAAAAGGGUGAAAUGGUCGCUGUCCUCAUGGGCGCGCUGUUGGGCUCAGCGUCUGGCCCAAGCUCGGAGUUGGUGUGGGUUGGGAUAGCCACAGCAGCUAUGCUGGCUCUUGCCUUCACUCUUCAUUCAAGCGGGUUGGUGAAAUGAGGAACGGAGUCAAAUUGCAAUGAAGCAGUUGUAGGUCUUGGCGGUGUUGGAGUUGAUGAGCUGAGGAAAGAAGACUGCUCUGACGAAGAGCCAAUCAGCUUCUGAAGUUGCUGCAGGGUGAGGAUGCGAAGGAGGAUGGGGGGGGGACUGGCCUGGGUGGGUGGGUGGGUGGGUGGGUGGGUGUUCCGUGGAUGGCAUCAGAAACCAUCAGGAAUGAUUGUUCGUUGGGAAGACUGGCCAGAAGACGAAACCGUCCUCAGUGCAUAAUAUGCACAACUUCCAUCGCACCUCAACGCGGUCAGUCUUGCGUAACCGAACAACCAUGCUGAGCGGCCUGAGCGCCAUGGAGGGCCGAGAAGGGAUGAAGUUCUGAGGAUCUCUUGGCAGAGAGGACCAUAGUGGAUAUAGUUGGAAUGAGUAACAGUGAGUGCUGUAGGCAGAGGUUUGUGUAGGUCCUCUCCUCUGUCUUUUUUGUGCUUUGAUGAUGGCGAGUAAUUUGCUCUCUGAUCGCUGUCUUGCAUGCUGCAGGUGAUUGGAGUGUGUGCCUUUUCUAAUGACGGAUCCGAUUCACCGUUCAGAUAUUCGCAGUGUAUUUUCUGUUCUAUUUUCUUACGGUAGUUCCUUCUGGCGGCAGUAAUAAGCGCACGAAGACCCGCCAAGCUUUGUGACCACUUCCUCUGGUUCGCCCAGGGCACCCGUUGCUCCGCUGCUAACCAUUGAAGUGAGUGAGUUCGACGACCAUUUUAUUUUGACUGGUAGGAUUUCUGAGUUUCCCGAUCGCCCACCGAUGACAGCUUCCCUCCAAUUUCUUCAGGAGUUGGAUGACUGAGGCCUUGUGCUGGGAGCAUGGGAAGGAGGAGGACUGAUUUGCUUCUUUACAUUUGCAAUCAAGUCAAAUGUCUCAUUUUUUUGAAUGCUGUGCAACCAGUUUUGCACCUUUCAUUGUUUCAUAAUUUCAGUUCUUGUUUGCAAAUGACCAUCUUCUUUUGGUUGCACUUUUCUUGUGUGUUUUAAAUCUUUUCUUAGAGAUAUAAUUAUGGAUAUAGUAUUAUAGUUUCAUUUAUAAAAGAAGUAAUUGUUCUCGUUGCAGGUUUUCAAAGGUUGAUCUUGUCUGUGCUGGCAUGCAGAGCUUAUUCCUUUAUCUUCAUUGCACUAUGUUAUUGCUAUGCGAAUGAAUUGUUAUGACCCAU